AUCGACCACAAACUUCAGUUACUUAAGUAACUGGGUUUCGCCAUGGGUUUCACACCGAAACAGCUGUUUUUCAUUUUUGGCAUGUUACUAACUGGUACAAUCAACACCGUUUCGAGGAAGAUUCAGUUGGAAUGCACAGCUCGAGGUUAUUUCAACCAUUCUGCAAACGACACACGAACCGAACAUGCUUUUAACAAACCCUGGUUUCAAACGUUACUCAUGUUUCUUGGAGAGAUCCUCUGUAUUUUCGUUUUCUUUAUAUUGCGUCAUAAGCGGCGAGUGAAGCUCCGUAACGGGUUUGUUUACCAAGCUCUCAAUUCCUCAGUACCUGGAAGCCUUGGCAGUUUUGAUGCCCCAUUGUUCAAUUGGUUCUUUUUUAUUCCUGCUUCAUGUGACCUCCUUGGAUCCUCUUUGGCAGGGAUUGGGCUUCUUUUCGUGGACGCAUCCAUUUGGCAAAUGAUGCGUGGAUCCCUAAUUGUCUUUGCUGGUCUCUUGUCGAUAGGUUUUCUGAGACGUCGUCUUUCCCCUCAUCAUUGGUUCGGCAUGUUUUGCACCGUCAUCGGAUUGGCGCUCGUCGGCACAAAGUCGGUGUUCAGCACCCACUCGAUCAACCACACUGCUGCUCAGUCAGCACUUGGUGUCACUCUUGUGUUGGCGGGCACCUUCACCUCUGCUUGUCAAAUGAUUAUUGAAGAAGUGUUCCUCAAAAAACGUAGUUGCCAUCCGCUGCAGGUCGUCGGCAUGGAGGGCCUAUUCGGCACGCUUAUGAUGAUCACUAUUGCCCUGCCGGCCGUCCACUUCAUUCCAGGGAACGAUUUGAACGGGUCCUAUGAGAACAUUAUCGAUGCCCUCUACCAAAUUGGUGAUAACGUCCUACUCAUGGUGAACGUCAUUCUUUACGUCCUCUCCAUCGCCUUCUUCAACUACUUCGGUCUGUCAAUCACUCGGAACCUAAGCGCUGUGCACCGAACUCUCAUCGACUCGUUAAGGACCACAUUCGUGUGGCUCGUCAGCAUGGUUAUCUACUACUCCACUCAUGGCCGGUAUGGGGAGCCGUUUGAUCUAUCCUGGGGCCUAAUACAAAUCGAUGGAUUCACUUUCCUCGUCAUUGGUACCCUCAUCUACAACAAGGUCAUGGAUCUCACCUUCAUUCCGUGUUGUUCCGACCGAGUCGAUGAGCCCCUGGUGGUCACUACGGUGGAUGUGGAACCGGUGUACUCCACAGAGGAGUUUAUACACCCACCUCCCACAGACGAGCAAACUCCAAUAAGUUCUUCAAGUCAAAAGCACUACGGUGUGAAUAACCGAUCC